AUGGCGAGGACGCCGGCAGCGGCGGGGUCCGCGGUGGGGAUGGAGAUGCCAAUAAUGCACGACGGGGAACGGUACGAGCCCGUGCGGGACAUCGGGUCCGGCAACUUCGGCGUCGCUCGCCUCAUGCGCAACCGCGCCACCGGCGACCUCGUCGCCGUCAAGUACAUCGACCGCGGCGACAAGAUCGACGAGAACGUGAAGCGGGAGAUCAUCAACCACCGCUCGCUGCGCCACCCCAACAUCAUCCGCUUCAAGGAG